AUGGGUCAUGCUCCCUCCUCCCACCGGAAAUCCUUUCGCAUACCUAUCCCUUGCACAUCAACAGCCAAGGUUGCUCUCGAUACAGUCGCGUCUGAUGACGACUCGAGCAGCAUAUUCAAUUCAAAGGCACGCUACAAAAGCCAGGAGCGGGAGAAGGCCGACAAUCAUGACUCGCCACCGCCAUCUCCGAAAUGGCUCCCGCUUCCGACCUACGCUCCGGGCCAUGAUAGUAUUCCAACUGACGCUCUUGCCGACUACAAGCACUUUCUCGCCGUAUUCCCUGAAUAUCGCUUAACUUGGAUUCUUGACACUCUUCGUCGAAAUGAUUACCGGCGACUAAAAGGCGAAACAUACGUCGAUUAUAUGGGGGGCGCGCUACAUCCAGACAGCCUGCUCUACGCCCACACCGAAUUUCUUAGUCAGACCGUGCUAGGCAACACCCAUUCGGUCAGCAACAGUUCAAAGUUAUCUUUAAAGUGUGCCGAUGAAGCGCGCUCGGCUGUCCUCUCCUUCUUUCACGCGUCCUCGGAGGAUUAUGCCGUCAUCUUCACAUCGAACGCAACCGGGGCUUUGAAGCUUGUUGGCGAAGCAUUUCCAUUUUCUGGUGGGGGCUCCUACGUCCUCGCGUGCGACUCCCACAAUAGCGUCCACGGAAUCCGAGAAUUCGCCGCCUCUCGAGGAGCACGGGUUUCCUACAUUCCCGCGACAUCUACUGGUGGCUUUGACCCACCCACAGCAAAGAACAUCUUACUGCGAAAUAGACCACGAGCGAAGAAUACUGUGCCAUCGCUGUUCGCGCUGACCGGACAAUCCAACAUCACCAACACGAAAGCACCACUGUCGGUACUCGAAUACGCCAAAUCGUUAGGCUACUACACUCUUCUCGAUGCGGCAGCACUUGCCGCGAGCUCUUCGAUAUGCUUGACGGGCUCCUCUAUUGAUGCUAUGGCAAUUUCAUUCUACAAGAUGUUUGGCUACCCAACGGGUAUUGGCGCUCUAGUCAUCAAGAAGUCGUUCUUGGCAAAGCUGGAACGGCCUUGGUUCGCUGGGGGGACGGUCGACAUCGUCCAGGUCCCUGGCUCGGUUAGGACGCGCUCUACGGUGCUCCACGAACAGUUUGAGGACGGCACGAUCAACUAUCUUCUCCUGCCAUCCGUGACUAACGGACUGCGUUUUCUAUCUGCAUACCUGCCAUUUCUUCCACUCCGCCUUUCGUGCUUGAUGCACUAUCUCCUUUCGACACUGUCACAACUCCACCACGAAUUUACCAACACCCCGGUUGUGAGAAUCCUGUCCGCAACGCCGAGCCGGAGACUUGGAUUUGUGGGAGAACAGGCCGAUACGGGAUCGCUCAUUUCCCUCGUGUUUCUUUCCCCCUCUGGCAAGAUGUUGCCGCUUUCCUUCAUCGAGCAUGCUGCAACCAGUGUGAACAUUUCUUUACGCACGGGGUGCAUGUGCAAUCCUGGUGGCGCGGCAGCACUUCUGGGCUACCAGGAAGAGAUGAAUCGGCUCUCUGAUGGCGUAAGCCUUGCAGAAUUCACUCGCACUAUCGGACACGAACUGGGUGUCGUACGCAUCAGUCUGGGGCUUGCGAGCAACUUCCAAGACGUCUGGAAUGUGACCCAGUUUGUCAGACUUUUGGCUCACGAUAGUACACGCUCUAGUCUUUGGCAGGAAUACGAACUCCAGAAAGAGGGGGACCAGGUUGGGCUGGCGAUCUAG